GCGGGUUGGGGGGUUCCUUCUCUCUCCGUGUUUCUGUCGUGUACAGCAGCGGACUCGCUUCCCUCUCUCUCAGUGUGCUCAACCUAAAGGCGGCAGGUGUGUGCAGCGACUGUCCGCGAAGCUUUUUUCCCCCUCACUUUGGCUACAUUUGGGACUGAUUUCGGAUCCUAAAACCGGGGCGAUAACUCGCACAGCAAGCCGGGCUGCACAAAAUCCACCUGGGCUGUGAGGAUGUUGCAGGGAUAAGACAGCAGAGCAUCAUCUCCACUGUUUCGCAAGGAGCCGGCAUCGUCAGCUGUUGCUCUAGGAGAGAGAGUGGAGGUGUCGAGAGCAACAGAAAAGGCCAAACUAUGCAACUGAUCUCCAAACGGUAACCGGUUUCCACCCUUAAGUCGACCGGGGAGCGGAUGCGAGCAGAGGUUGCCAACGAGCCUCUGAAUAUUUUCUGCCCUUUGUCGGUGCCGGAGGAGCUGUGCCAAUGGAGAAAGCGACUCCGCCGCCCCAGCCCCAGCUCCAGCUGUCGAUAGCGAAGACUGAAAGUCCAGCGGAGGACAUCUCCGGUCUGACAGACGAGGAGCUGCUCAAGUGGUCCAAGGAGGAUCUGGUGCGGCGGCUGAGGCGGUCCGAGGCCGACAAGAUGAGCGUGAUUCUGGACCACGGGAAUCUCAUUCGGGAGGUCAAUCGCAGCCUCCAGCUUCACUUGAACGAGAUCAGGGGGCUGAAGGAUAUUAACCAGAAGCUGCAGGAGGACAACCGUGAGCUGAGGGACUUGUGCUGCUUCCUGGACGAUGACCGCCAAAAAGGAAAGCGUGUCUCCAGGGAGUGGCAGCGCCUGGGACGAUACAGUGCCAGCAUCAUGCGCAAAGAGGUGACUCUCUAUCUCCAGAAGCUCAAGGAGCUGGAGCUUCGACAGGAGGAGGUAGUCCGUGAAAACCUGGAGCUGAAGGAGCUCUGCCUGCUGCUGGACGAGGAGAAGGGGGUGGGAGGUGGUGGCGGGGGAGGUGGAAGUGGGGUGGGUGGAAGUGGAGUGGGUGUAGGGAUGGGAGGAUGCCGCAACUCCAUAGACAGCCAGAAUAGUUUGCUGCUGGUGCCUGGGCAGGGGCUCCUUAUGAGAGACGUGGGGGACGGGAGCAGCACCUCCAGUGCUGGGAGCGCUGACAGCUCCGAUCACCCUCACCAUAAACAGCCUCACCUGGCUGCGGGAGUGGGUGGAGUUGGCAGUGCUGGGGAAAAAGGGAGCCCUGAGCUUGUGCAUAAACCCAGGUGUAGUAGCAUCAGUGGAAUAGGAGGAAGUGGAGGUGAAAGGGAGGUGUCCAGUCCUGAGCACCCGGCUGGGCGCCACCGGAGUACAAGCCUGGAGUACCCGUACACCCUGCCCCAGCUCAGCCGACCCCGGUGCGGCUCCAUAUCUGUGCCUGACCACAGUCGAGUCAUACGGGGCCUCAGCCCGGAAAAAUAUGGGAGGAAUGUGGGCCGACGCAGUCCAGAGCAGCACCCCAAGCACCACAGCUCUGAUCUCCUCCUGGGCCAGAGGCAGAACUUCCUGGGCCAGGGAGGUAGCGGGGAGCUCUUUCAGAGGCACCACAGGAGCAGCAUUAGCGGUACAGGCUGUGGGAGCCCUGAGCUCCGACAGGCACAUUUAGGGACCAGCGAGCACCAUGAAAAGGGUUGUGUGGUCCCAGGGGGCAGCCCCGAAACUCACAGGCACCAGUACAGUAUGAGCCCAGACCAUGUGAAGUUCAGCAGCCCUGUGAGAGACGGGCAGAGGAGGCCAGCUGGAGACGAGCUGUCACCACAUCAUCGGAGCAUCUACAAUGGCAUGAAUGCUUUGAUGCCUCCUCUUGACCCCAACUUGACCAGUCAGGCUCCUCAAACAGAGGAGGGGUCGCAGCGGUACAGCCCUCCUGCGUCUCUGGCCUUGAUAGAGACGAGGGCCACUGGGCGCCGCUGUCCACGGCUCCACGUGGUCUGUCGCCCAAGGCCUCAUCCAUGUCCACAGCCCUGAAACAGCCUGCCUCCAUUUUUUCAUUUCUACAUAUCGAGAGUUUAAGGGGAGGGGAGUUUCUUGAGAGAAUGCUACUUAGUAUGGUUGGUACAAUUUCGUGAAGACUGCCACAGCUAAAUGGAUUAGAGUGGAUAUCUCUCCCUGCCAACUGUGACACGGCUACCUCCCAGAGAGCACCCAGAGAGAAGGGGAGGGACGCUGGGGAUCAGUGAGAGGAGAUGGAGAGGACUCUGCACUGUUGGUGCUGCUACUCUCUGUUUACAAAUGUAGAUCACUGGUGGAGAAGCACAUACCCUGCUGUUCUCAACUUAAACUAUUUUCCUACACUCUUCCCUCUUUCUCUCUUCUAUUUCCCUCAUCUAGCCCCACUGUUGUCCCAUUUUCUCUGCUCUCUCCCUCCACUUUUCCAUCUUCAGAUAUUCAUCAUCCAAAGUGUGUAAUGAGACUGGUGUAAUGAAUUGUCUCUCAGUCUCCAAAUCCAGCUGAUCACAUGAUUGCCAUCGUCUCCUCUCCUUCCUCGUAAAAUUCUGAACUUUUUCAGCAAUUUCAACUAAAGUUAUAAACUAAACAAAAACAAGUUUGUCAAAGAUGUUCUAGCAAAGAAAAAAAAACAACAACCUUUUCCUGUGUCUUAAACCAAGAUGGUCAACAUUACUAGCUGCUGACAGAUGUUCUAGUUCUAUAAGAUGCAAUGUUCAGGUGUAAUUUUUCUUUUUUGUAUUAUCUUCUUUGCUCCCUUAAAGCGCCUAUAUUGAAGCUGGGGAGAAGAUUAUACGUUUCUCCAUGUUGUUUUUUACAAGGAAGUAAAGUCCAAGUAAAAAGUAGAUUAUUGGAUUAGUUUUCUAUAUAUCUAUAUAUAUAAAUAUUAUAUGAUUAUUAUUUUUGACUCACUGGUAUUAGAACUAUUAUAUGAAGAUGCAUAUGAUAUAUAUCAAAUAAUAAACAGACUUCUUUAUGUAAAAGUGCAUCACUUGUUCAGAUUUUAUUUCAGUGUGCUGAAGGUGGGAGGUGAGUGUGUGCUGACCCUUUGACCCUGCAGUCAAAGGUCACAUUGGACAUGUAAAGCUAAUUUUAAGGUUAGGAAACAAAUCAAUAAGUCACGUAAGUUGUUUCUCAGCUGUUUGAAUACUUGUAAUAAAGAAUA